UGGGCAUGCGUCGUGGAUGUUUUCGCUUUGCUCCUCAACAGUGGAGGUGGCAGGUUUUUAUUUCCUGCUAACUAGACGAGUCUUAACGAGUCUAUAUAAUCGAUAGAUGUUAGUAUGUAAUCCCCUGCUCAUUGCUUCGACUGCUUUGUGUGUGUACGUGUGCGUGAUUAAGUGACGAAACAAGACAAGACAUGGCAGAGGAAAGAUUCAGUAAAGAGGAAACCCUCAAAAUGAGACAAAGGUUAAUUGGCCAGUCGUGCAGGCUGUUUUAUUCUGAAGACCCCGUGAAGAUAAUCAAAGCAAGAGGACAAUAUCUGUUUGACGAAAAUGGCCAACGCUAUCUGGACUGCAUAAGCAACGUUCAACAUGUGGGGCAUUGCCACCCCGCUGUGACAAAGGCUGCUGUGGAUCAAAUGGACAUCCUGAACGCAAAUUCCCGGUUCCUCCAUGACAACAUAGUCCUGUACGCAGAGCGCCUGGCCGCUACCUUGCCCGAGAAGCUGUCCGUCUUCUAUUUUGUCAACUCUGGGUCAGAAGCCAACGAUCUUGCCCUCCGCCUGGCAGAGCAGUACACCCAACACGAGGACGUCAUAGUGCUUGACCACGCAUACCACGGCCAUCUAAAGUCUCUCAUCGACAUUAGUCCUUACAAGUUCCGGAAACUGGCAGGGCAGAAAGAAUGGGUCCACGUGGCACCCUUACCUGACACUUACAGAGGCCUAUUCAGAGAGGAGCAUCCCAAUCCAGGCCAGGCUUACGCCGACACAGUAAAAGACUUGAUAGAGGAGAUCAGUAGAAAAGGUCGUAAGAUUGCAGCCUUCUUCGCUGAGUCGUUACCCAGUGUCGGGGGACAAAUCAUCUUCCCCCAAGGAUACUUCACUAAAGUUGCACAGUACGUGCGCUCAGCCGGCGGAGUGUUCGUCGUGGACGAAGUCCAGACGGGCUUUGGACGAGCAGGGACCCAUUACUGGGCCUUCCAGCUGCAGGGAGAGGACUUCUGCCCGGACAUCGUCACCAUGGGCAAGCCGAUGGGUAACGGACACCCUCUGGCGUGCGUGGCGACCACUGCGGAGAUCGCCGGAGCUUUCACCGCCAACGGAGUGGAGUACUUCAAUACGUUUGGGGGGACUCCAGUGUCGUGCGCCAUUGGCCUGGCAGUUCUGGAUGUGAUCGAGAAGGAAGAUCUGAGAGGAAAUGCCAUAAGGGUGGGAGCACAUCUGAAAGAUUUGCUGAAGAAACUACAACAAAGACAUGAGAUAAUUGGAGAUGUCCGAGGGGUCGGCCUGUUUGUGGGACUGGAGCUGGUCACAGACAGACUAAGCAAAAGACCCGCCACCAACACUGCAGCGUGGGUGAUAAAGAGGUUAAAGGAAGAGGAUCGAAUCUGCGUCAGCACGGACGGGCCCUGGGAGAACGUCCUCAAGUUUAAGCCCCCCAUGUGCUUCAGCAUGGAGGACGCAGAGCUGGUUGUCCAGAGCAUCGACCGCAUCCUCACCGACAUGAAGGCCAAGGAUCUGAAACUGGAAAAUGAAGACAUCUAAAGGCGAUCCGCUUCACUUCUUCCUGCCGUCGAGGUGACCCGGCGCGGGAUCCGUCUCUCCUCCGACUGUCUAUCAGAGCAUCAUUUGCACCCCGAUGAAAGAUUUCAGCACCAAGUGGAGGAAAUAAAGAGCUUACAUUCCU